AUCCUAGACCAAAACGUUCUGUUUCCUUACCAUAUCCGUGCAUUCACCACCCCAGAUAGCCUCUAGCUGCAAACGUUUCUAUAAAGCGACAUCGGCCCAUGGUGAUGACGUCAGCUGCGCGAUGUUACCGGCAACAGUGGAGAGCAGAGUGAGCGCGCGAGUGCAAACGUACGCGAAUCUCCCAUUCACUGGUCCAAGUAAUUGCCUCGACAUCAUUGGCUACUCAAGGUAAAUGGGGCUAGUCUCUGUUGGCAGCAAUCACUCUCAUAACAACAAAACAUCCGCCUGUUCUGUAAUCAUCAGCUUCCAGUCACCUCACCACGCUCAUUGAAGUAUCAGAUCAAUUCCACAUUCUUUUUGCUACCCACACUCGCUCCUUCCCUCUACUCACUUCAACCUCAGUCGUUCCUUCCGAUACAAACGUUCACCCUCUAAGAUGAACACUGUACGCGCACUCACCAUGAUCGCAGUUGCCGCAGGCGCUGCCGCGGAAUCUGCCCAAUGGAGUCCCGCUAUCAACCACGUUCUCGCUCAUGCUGUAGCUACACGUGACGACCACUGCGCUGAGCUUCCAAAGCUCUGCACAGAUGCGGUGCUGCUACGUGGCUAUGAGACGACUCUGACCUACCUGUGUCCCGAGAAGACCGAAGGCCCAUCUACUGUCACCGUCACUACAACCAGGACGACUACGGUCACGGCUGACAAGAGCCUGACCUCUAGCGUUGCUCCCGCUCCCACCUCGGAUGUUGGAGCUUCUCCUUCAGGACAGCCUAACCCCAACAUUCCUGUCUCAGCCACUUCAGACGCUAGAGGUCCUCCCGCAGAGGAGCUCACCACAACCGUGAUCAUUCAGUCAACAGUCCAGGUUACCAUCACUAGAUCGGUCACCAAGGUCGCCCCCAGCUCCACGUCUUCGCUUCUUCCUCCUCCAUCGAUCACUUGGUCCUUCACGGCGGUCCUUCCUACCGAUGUCAAAUCCUCUCAUGUCUCGGGCGGAUCGUCGUCGGCGUCUCGCAUUGAGCUACCUUCGACAGUGUCGUCCGUCGGUCCGCCGUCAUCUAGCACGAGCAAGUCGUUUGGAUUGUUCCCUAGCCAUACUGUUAGCAGCUCGUCUUCGGUGGCUUCCACGUCUUGGUCACCUUCGACGUCUUCGGCGGCUUCCACGUCUUCGUUGGAUCCCAUGUCUUCGGCUGCUUCCACGUCUUCGAUGGCGGCUUUACCGUCGGGUGGUCAUCUUGCUCCACCUUUCGCGAACGGUACCGCUAUCAGCUACACCCCGGGCAUCUUCCCCACUCUGAACGCAAGGAACGACAAGUCCACCACGACUAUCACCUCUACGGUCACUCACCAUGCCUCUAACCAUGCCAUGGACUCUGCCCAUGCCUUGGACAUCGCUCAUGCUGCGGCCACCGAGACCAAGAAGGGCCAGGCGGGAGAUAAUCGGGCCUCGUUCAUUGCGCUGUUCUUCGGCGUGUUGGUUGCUACCUGGCUUAUCUAAGGAGGCAUAGCUACUUCUCUUGGAUAGCGGUAUGGCAGUGUGAGGAACGAAUGUUCUGGAUUACACGUGCGACGGUGUUACGAUGCAAUGUGUCGAGUGUUUUCACGAAUGACACAAUAUGUACAUAAUCAUAGCGGCACGUCAACCUAAGAAUAAGCUGAACGCCAUGGAGCCUACAUUACCACAAAGUUUCU